AUGGUAUUUCAGAAGUUCCUCAAUAAUGGGAAGGUUUCAUUGUGCGGAGCCCAAGUGGUAAUAGCAGUAAAACGAUAUCCAGACGAGUCUGAAGUAUCUGACAUCAUUUCCCAACUACGAGCCAAUCAUGUGAUGGUGCAUAUUGCUGUUGACAGUAUUCCAUCGGGUGGUACCAACUCUGCAACAUUGUAUGAAAUGGCCUUUCAAACCAAUGGAUAUAGUUAUUUCGCUACCGCACUGGACAGUUCGUUCGUGUCAAUGAAUUAUACAGUUGCGAGUACUGAUGGAUCUUAUUCUUAUAAAUUUCCGAGAAACGAUUCCAAACCUCUCUAUGCAACUGGACAAUCAGAUGUCUUGUAUCUGAAAGGAUCCCUCUCAUACAAAUGGACAAUUGACUAUGAUUAUAAUACCGCUGCAACACAAAUCAUUAAGUGCAGAAUGUACAGUUCUGAUUAUCACGACUUCCUUCCAUUGCCAGAUUUCUAA